AUGUCUGUUGCAUGGUCAAGUGGCGAUCGAUAUGAAGGAAGUUGGAAAAACGACAAAAAGCAUGGUCAUGGCACUUACUGUUGGGCUAGUGGAGGCAAGUAUGUGGGUGAAUGGGCCGAUUAUGUUCGCCAAGGGCAAGGAGUACUUACAUGGCCAAGUGGCGAUCGGUAUGAAGGAAGUUGGACAAACGACAGGAUGCAUGGUCACGGCACGCUGUAUCUUGUCAAUGGUAGUAUCGAAUAA